CGGCGGGGGAGCACAGCAAAAAAAAAAAAAAAAAGUCGGAGGGUGAGAAGGGGAGAAAAUCAGCAUGUCUGGCCUGUGAAAGCUGCACCAGCUGCGGGUCCGGGUCGUGCAUCGUUCCGCUGGCGGCGCGGAGGCCAACCGGGGGUGAUUCCUCAUUGGCUGCUGUGCCCAUCGCCACCGCCCAAGGCGGGCCGUGAUUGGCUGGAGCUCCUUCCUGGGAGAAAAUGGAGUCGGGUCUUGGCUGAAGAGCAAAGGAGGAUUGUCUCCCCCCCUCCCCCCUCACCCCCCCACCCCUUCACUGUUCAUUACUAUGUUGUGAACCGUGAUUCCUUCCAACUGUGCCGGUGCAGAGUACUAUGGCAAUGCAUGAUAUGAGUCGUGCCAAGGGAUUCCCCUGUAAAGAAUGUGAUAUGGUCUGUCCGAGUACUCCAAGUCUUCUAGAGCAUAUGAAAGCACAUUAUCAGCAAGAAGAGAACGGUCGUUUUGAGUGUGAACAGUGUGGAAGGAUCUACAAGCACGCCGCCAGCCUCGCUAAUCACAAGAAAUCUCAUGAAGUAGGUUCUUUCCAGUGUCCAGUCUGUACUCGUACACUGCCCAACGCGGUAGCUCUGAAAAAUCACCUUCGAAUCCAUACUCUAUCCCCAAGCAGUGCGCACGCUGAGGAGGAGAACGAGGAGGCCCCUGAGGAGGGGGGCCACGACGAGAGGAACUUCGGCCUCACCCAGGACCUCGCGGAUGGAUUUGGCCGUUCCCAUUUAAACAACAGUGGUAUGGGACAUAGCAUCCUGCCUGGCCAGGACACAGACGACCACGGGAAAAAAGGCUCCCCUGAAUCCGACGACGCCUGGGACAGACCGUUCAAGUGUGACCAGUGCGACCGAACCUAUCGGCAUCACGGUAGUUUGGUGAAUCACAAGAAGUGUCACCAACAAGGAACUUUUAAGUGUUCUGUGUGUUUUAAACAGUUCAGCAACCUGGCUGCGCUAAACGGCCACGAGAGAACUCACUCAAAGUUCAAGACGCCGGGUGCCACCAUGGUAAGCGGCGGGACCGGCAGCAGCCUCCAUGAUUCGGAGCGCAGCGCCGGUUCGCAGUCAUCUCAGAACGACGAAUCCGCCUCCUGUUUCUGCCACCUGUGUCAGAUAGCGCUUCCGAACAAGAGCGAUUUCCAGGAGCACAUUCUGCUGCACAACACGGCCUCGCCUUCGCUGGGACUGACGCGCAGCUUCCCUGGCAUCAUGCCGCACAACCUGAGCGCCGUUCGGUCCCCUGCAUACACCCCGGCCCUCGGGGACCCAUUGCCCUUGCCCCCUCUUCCCGCAGAUAAAAGGGGCCCGUACGAUCCAAUCAUGGGCCCUCCAGUCAACAAUCCCAUUUACACAUGUGCAUACUGUGGGGCGGGGCACCCUGACCUUGAGACUUUAAAAGUUCAUUAUCUGACUCAUGAUCCUCACCCGCCCUCCCACAGUCAGGACAGCUCCAUACUAAACUCAGACACUCUCAGCUCUGGUUCUCAGGGCUCGGUGGCCUCCCCCUCUGGCGGCCGCGUGCCUCAGGCCAGUUCUCCAGAUGAUGAAGAGCGCCGCUUUAAGUGUGGAGAAUGUGGCAAAAGUUAUCGACAUGCAGGGAGCCUGGUGAACCACAAACGGUGCCACCAGACUGGCCACUACCAGUGCACCAUCUGCUGUAAGCAGUACCCCCACCUGGCAGCACUACACAGCCACCUGCGAAGCCACAAGGCCCGCCCCUCCAACCCACCAAUCAACAACGACAGCAGCGAUUGGCUUUCUCCUGAGCCGCUCACUUUGGACUCCCAGCAGAGCUAUGUCCAGGAGGGUAACACCACAAACACGCCCAUCUCACUUCCUGGAAACCUUGCGGACUCCGCCCACUUUGUGCCAGACGGCGGCCACAGCAGUGGGUUGGACUCCCUAGAUUUCCACGAUCGCUUUGAUGGCAGCUCGCUUUCCCAGAGCAGCUCUACUCACCGCCAGGCAGACAGACACGUUUGUGCCGACUGCGGUGAGAUGUACGGGGAUGUUUCGGGCAUCAAGUCGCACAUGUGUCCUCGCCGCGGGCAGCAGCAGCAGCCACCGCCACAGCAGCAAAGCAACAUGGCAAACGGCUUCAUGGGGACCAUGAACUACCACAGCUCCACCGGGACGUCGAUGCCCUCGGGGAGCUCCAGCAGCAUUAAAGAAGGCAGCCAGAGACCCUACUCCCAGAGCGGAGGGAAGAGGAUGGGCAGCAACGAUAAAGAAGAUGACGAUGAUGGAGAGGUGUAUCAAUGCUCUGUUUGCGGCAAUCACUAUGCCAGCCUCAGAGCUCUCAGAAGCCACCUACGCAGCCACGCCAAUAACCCCGUUGGGGCAGUACCAUCAAAUCUAGAUCAGGACUGGAGGAUGAUCUGCUCAACCUGUGGCCAGAGCUUCUCCAGGAAGCAGGACCUUCUGAAUCAUCAGCUGAUCCACGGCCCCCAGAGGCCAGACAACCAGCAGCAGGGUAUCACCAGCAGCUCAGCCAAUGGCGGCGAUAAGAUGGAUGGACGCAACCACAUUUGUGUGGACUGUGGCAUGUUUUUUGCCGACCAGCACCAUCUGGUCACUCACUUAUGUCCCGGUAAGAACCGAGCAAUGAACAAGCCUGGCCUUAAUGGUGGCAAAGGGAUGUCUGGAGGUGACGGCGUGGCUGGAAGCAGCGGUGAUGGCCGCAGGCCGAUGGUCGAUCAAAGCGACAAGCCCCACAAAUGUGACCAGUGUGGGCGAGGAUACAGACACCCCUGCUCGCUCCUCAACCACAAAAAGUCCCAUAAGACUGGAGUUUUUCGCUGCUUGGUUUGCCAAAAGCGCUACUACAACCUGCUGGCUCUAAAGAAUCACCAAAGGACCCACUUUGACCUGAAGAGGCACAAGUGUGAGGAAUGUGGCAAAGCCUUCAAGAUUCAAAAGCAGCUCAUCAACCACCUCCGUCUCCAUGAGGAGCACCGGGCUAAAGGUCUUGUCCGGACCGGACCCAACGGCUCCCGCUUCCAGCAGCCUGGCCCAUCUCAAAUGCAGGCGAUGAGAGCCGAGUCCUCAAAGGGCCCUGCCAUGGGGGGGGUCAAGUACAGCCAUCAAGGCUUUAAGAAGCCCUACUCGUCAGCCGGCACCUCCAGGCCGCAGAAGUUUGACCCUGCUGAAAGCGGGCGAAGACCAUUCGCCUGUGAGGAAUGUGGAAAGACGUACCGCCAUGCUGGCAGCUUGGCCAAUCACAAGAACCUUCAUAAGAUUGGGGAGUACCACUGCAAUGUUUGCAACUCCACUUACCCCAACCGGCUGGCCAUGAAGAACCACCUGCGCCUCCACUUUGCCCAGAAGAAGCACAACUGCCAGGAGUGUGGCAAAGGGUUUCGCACGCAGCGGCAGCUCGCCACACACACUACAGCAGGCUUGUGCAAAGGACCACAGGGCCCCGGGGUCCAAAUGGACUUUGAGUGCGACGGCUGCUGCGAAGGCUUCGCCACGGCCGACGAGCUCUCGGCUCACGACUGUCCAGCCCAGCACCUUCCUUCGUCUUCCUCCACCAGCAGCUCGGCCAAUGUUAGCAUGGAAAGGAACUCGGUGGACAUGGACUCGGAUGAGCGGCCGUACGCCUGCGACCUGUGCAGCUGCACGUACAAACACGCCAGUUCGCUGCUCAACCACAAGCACACCCACAAGACGGGCAACUUUCGCUGCAACUUCUGUGACAAGCCCUACACGAACUACAUGGCCUUGCGCAAUCACAUGCGCAUCCACACGCAACGCAAGAAACACAUCUGCCACACGUGUGGGAAAGCUUUCCGACUGGCCAGGUUCCUUCGUAACCACCAGAAGGUGCACGAAGAGGGCGCCACCCCGUUUGGCUGCCCCAGCUGCGGGAAGAGUUUCCAGGGGAGGUCCGGUCUGGCCCGGCACCGCUGCGGGGACAACCAGGUAGGCAUGGAGGUCAGGAGGAAGGCCGCUGCAGCCCCAGGAGAAGGAGAAGAGUGUCGGUACACAUGUGAUCAGUGUGGCCGCUCCUACCGCCAUGCCAGCUCCCUUCUCAACCACAAGAACACCCAUACUGUUGGCAUCUACCACUGCGCCGUGUGCCUCAAGACCUACAACAACCUGCUCGCCCUCAAGAACCACCGCCGCAUCCACUCCGAGACCCGCCGCCACCGUUGCCACGACUGCGGGAAGGCGUUCCGCGUCUCCUCCCAGCUGUAUAACCACCGGCGCGUCCACCAGAAGCAGCGGGAGCUGACCUGCCGGUCCUGCCAGAGGGCCUUUCCUACGCAGGCCAGUUUCAGGCUCCACAUGGAGAUCACCCACGGAGAGGUGCCGCAGCCCCGCCAGCCCAGACCCCAGCAGCACCGGCCGGGGAGCUCCCAGGAGCUGGGCUGGGGGUCGGGCCUCGACCACACCCUCAUGCAGGAACAAGGACUGGAUCCCACCAGCCUGGCCAAACCCCGUGGCGGAGAGGGCAGCGAUGAGGUCACCAAGCCUCACGUCUGCAACCAGUGUGGACGCUCGUACCGCCACGCUAGCUCUUUGCUGAACCACAAGAACAGCCACAAGACCGGGACCUUCUUCUGCUCCUCCUGCCAGAAGGAGUUCCCCAACCUCAUGUCUCUGAAAAACCACCGGCGCAUUCACACCGAGCCCAAGCGCUACCAGUGCCCCGACUGCGGGAAGUCGUUCCGGGUUUCCACGCAGCUCAUCUGCCACCGCCGGAUCCACACCAAGGAGAAGCCCUUUUCCUGCCAGCAGUGCGACAAGCGCUUCUCCUCAAAGUCCAACCUGCGGCACCACAUGAAGGUGCACUGGAGCAGCAGCACGCCGCCCCCGCCGGCCGUGGCUUUGCCCAACUAUCUGGGCAUGCCCGGCGGACCUUUUGUUUAGGCUGAGGGGACCCGGCUGUGGGGUCUGGCGAUGCCAAAGCGUAGCCUACUUCCUCCUCCUGGUUGUGUGAGGACAGACGAACACACAGAUUGUUCACAGCCCCCCCCUCACCCCGCUGCAUGUUGCCCCCCCGCCUACAGCUACAGCAUCCGAACCGACCUGGACUCGGGGUCGUCGGGUCGCUGCUGGUUCCUCUGGUGGCCUUUUGUCAGAGUUUUAAAGCCGCCUCUUUCUGAGAUGUAGCACGAGUGGAGCUCAGCUGUUGGACCUUCGCCCACACCGCCGGGCAGCAAUGACUCAUGGGAAUUAUCAGACUUUAGACGCGUAUUUGCUGCAGCGGAAAAACCAGAUCCUGUUCUUUGAUUCACACACAUGGACCCAGAGCGUAACAGCUGUGUUUCCAUGGUAAUGCGCCUGUUCUAACACGGCUUUGAUCAAACCAUAGAUGUGUUUUUAUAUCCCGUACUGUGAAGCGAGUGUUCGGUUCAUCCUGCAGGACGCAAAGAGUAAAGCGCAGAAAAAUUUAAACUUUCCGAACCCUCAAAGUUAGUUAAAAGGUUCUGGAGGAAAAUCUUUAGGGAACGGUUUGGUGUUUAUGAAGGAGCUGGAAGUUCUGACCGGUUCUGGGUUCAGAAAGACGUCGAUGGACCAUCUGUGGAACCAAAUUAGGGCCAUAAAGUUUGCUUAAAC